AUGACUCCCAGAACGACAUCCCCGGAUUCCUGGCAGGAUGACAUGGACUUCUCUCAGCGGCCACCGACAUCAUCCACCAGUGAUUUCUCAGAUCACUCCUUCCAUAGUCGCUCCAAAUCGAGUGCCAAUGUCAACAGCCCCAAAAGAUUGUCGAUGUUUUCAUCCCGCUCGAGGAGCAACACCGCCAACGUCUCAUACGCCCCCACACGCGAAUUGCCCGCCGAAUCUCUCAGUUACGGCGAGCACCCAGUGUCACCGGUCCCGUAUGAGGAAAAGACUUCCGAGAAUGUUGCUAGGUCCUUGCUGGUUCGAGGCAGCCGUAUUCUGCGCCGCCAGGGCAGUAAGUUGAAUGUGGUUGCUACAACCUUGGAGGAAGAGGACGAAUUCGGCAAGAGUGCUGCUCGGUUUGAGGUGUCCAAAGUUUUUCAGAGAGUCCCCAAGCUCAAGAAGAACGAGUCAAAUGAUCAACUAAAACGUAUCAUUUCGGAGCCUUAUAACUUCCAUCACGUAACCCACACUAGCUCAACCCAAUUCCAAGCUCUGGACAACACCAGCAACGUCGAGCUAGUCGAAGAGUUCUCCGUCAUUCAGGCUUCUCAAACCCCGGAGCCCGGAUUGAAAGGAAUUCGCGCUCAAGCUCUUCGUUCGGACGACUCUUUAGAAAAUGCAGACGACUUGGAGAGACGACAACCCACUUCACCUACAUCACCUUUGAGAAGAAGCCCUCCAGUAUCACCGCGUGAACCAAGGUCGCCAGGAAGAGUCGAGAACUUCUCGCGCCCUGUUUCUCGUUUGAACAAGUCAUUGCCUCCGUCGCCAUCUAUAAUUGCCCCGCCCCGGGUGUCCUCCCGACAAGCUCAAUCAGACAUACCCGAGCCGACGAGUCUGGCCAUCGAUGAACUACUUGGGGUAAACAUUCAGCCUACCAUCCGCGACUACGAAUAUCCUUCACUGGAUAGUGCGUCUUUCCGUAUGGUUCCCUCACUCGAUCGAAUCGAUCUUGCCGGAAUCUUCCAACCCGAACUCAGCCAUGCGAUGAUGGGUAGCCAGCUUCAGACUACGAAUGAUCCUAGCAUCGAGGAUGACGGUAAAACUACCACACCUUUUAUCAACAGCUACUUGUUCGAUUUGGAGGAUGUGCCAGAAGAAGAUGAGACCAAAGAAACAGAUGAGCCCAUUGUACGCACAUCUCGUUUCAUGUCAAUUUCAGGUAGCAUUGGUGAGUUUGUCGCAAACGAGGCCAAGGUAACCGCUGCCCCUGCCCACGAGUCCAUAAUAGUUGUCCAGGAUCCGCAACUGUCUUUCACGGAAGAGGUCACAUCUCCCGUUUUGCCCAACUUCCAGCCGAUAAUUCAAGAUUCCCCUGUUUCGCAAGCCAGCAAUAAAACAAGACGCACUUCAGUCGCCGGUCUGGUCCAAUUCCCCAUGACGUGGGAGGAAGAUAUCGACUUCUGUUACGAGCACGAGGCUGUAGCGGACUGUGAAUUCGACUGGAGUCGACUCUCGUUGGAUGCCUCGAGGAAUUCGGUACCAGGUGCUGCAAUGGUCCCUUCACUAGCCUCUGCGGCUAAGAAUAUGGUCCCUCAUUACCUCCAACUGAACGCCAGCUCGAUAUCGGCAACUCCAGAUCUAGAUACAGGUUCGGCGCAAUCGAUUCUUACAAGAUCGCACGAGGCUCUAACCCCGCUGAGUGACGGCGCUGCUCAUGGUGGAUUUUUCAACGCCGGUCCUGCUGACCACGAAUAUCCGAAAAAGCUUGAGACAGGCGAUGUCGACAACGAGACGGCUUAUGAAAGUUUCCUCGCUGUUGGAGAUGAUUCUGAGCGCCAGUUCCAGUAUUACACGCAGACGUCUCACCCAGUUGAUGUCACGGCAUCUCCUAGGAGCAGCUACUCGCAAAUCAGCAAGUACAACUCUCAAGAAAGCGUAAUUCUGUCGCGCGCAGCAUCGAUUGUGCGCAAACACCGCUCAUCCACUUCAACAACCAGCGUCCCAGAGUUGACAAACAGUGCCAACAGUAGCCGUGAAAACACCAUUCGGGGAAGCAUUGGAUCGCUCGAACAUACCCCGCUAGGUGCCAUGUCUGAGGCUUCUCGACCAGGCUUCUCAAUUCAUCGCCCAAUAAAGAGCUUGGGCUCUGAAUUGAGUGCGCUAGCGAAGCUUCGAUCUGCCGGUAGCAACAGUAGCAUUCAUGUCGUGGAUUUGCCCUAUCCAUCGCCAUCUCCAACCCAUGACCGAACAAAAUCCACAUCUACUCUCGACCACGAUGACGAGCAUCAGGCAAUGCAAUCGGUCCAGGGCCUUCCUUUCGCCGUUCGACAAUCCCUGGCGGCGCAAAAGCGGAAAAGCCGAGCUGGUUACUCCCUUUUUCCCACUCUGCAGUAA